AUGACGGCCCCACGCCCCUGGACACCCCCCCUCCUUCUUCGAAUCCGGUUCACGACCUCCCUCCCGGACCUCGAUCUCGACAUCCCCUCCCCCUCGCAGACCACCGUCGCCGCCCUCAAGCACCUCAUCCGCGGCCGCCUCGGCCAGCCCGACUCCCAGCGCCGCCUGCGCUUCAUCCACCAGGGCAAGAUCCUGCCCGACGCCUCCGCCCUCAGCGCCGUCAUCCGACCGCUCCCACCGCCUCCGUCCGCCUCGCAACCGUCCACCCUGUCCACGUCCGGCGCGGGCCCCGACGACCCAAAGGGAAAAGGCAAGGCCAAGGCCAACGACCCCGCCCCGCAGAGGGUCUACGUGAACUGCAGCAUCGGCGACAGCCUCACCGACGCCGAGCUCGCCGCCGAAGCCGAGGCCGCCCUCCGCGCCCCUUCCAACCGCGGCGGCAGCACGUCUUCCUCGGGCGCGCGCCUCGGGGCCGCCGGCCAACAUGGAUCGAACCACCAGCCACAGCCGUCGCGCCCCACGCCGCGCGGCUUCGACAGGCUCCUCAACGCCGGCUUCACGGCCGCCGAGGUGAACCAGCUGCGCCUGCAGUUCCGCGAGAUCCGCGCGACGCAGUACACCCCAGACACGAUGCCGAGUCCCGACACGAUGCGCUCGCUCGAGGACGCGUGGAUAGACACCAACGCCGCCGGCGCCCUACCCGGCGGCGCCGCGGGCACGGGUGGCCAGGGCGGCGGCGGAGGCGACGACGCCUUCGGAGUCAUGAGCGGGAUACUGGACGUCCUCAUCGAGGGUCUAAUCGUCGGCUUCUUCUGGCCGCUGGGGUGCCUGGGCUGGCUGUCGCGGGAAGAGAACAUGCUGUCUGGCCGGUGGCAGGAUUUCAUUGGGUUCGGCGUGACAUUGAGCAUCAUCAUUGGCGUUAUCAGGGCAUUUUCGGGCGACCGGUAG